CCCAACCCGCCAACAGCUUAGCUUAACGGUCCGCAAACCACAUCAGAAGAAACUUUUAUCAUUUAUCAAAACAACAACAAACCCUGCACAUACGUACAGACAUACGUACAGGGGUUUUCAGGGUGUUGGGUUCUUUCUGAAGAAUACGAAGCUACAUGAUAUUGUAACAUUGUCCGAAGUCCGCGAAACAACACAAGACCCCGAGAGCCCGAGAGCUUUAUUAGCGGUUUGAGAGAGGGACAUAUUUACAGAGGUACAAAACAAAAGGACUGCAAGGGCAAUGGCAUUCCCGCGGAACUCGAUUCGGAAUUUCCUGAUUCAUGCCAAGGCGGCGCUGAAGACGGCGAUUGAGAAGAAGGAUAAAGUUACGUUGGUGGUGGGGAAUGAAAGUGCUGACCUCGACUCACUCACCGCCUCCCUUCUCUACGCCUACGUGCGCUCGACCUCCCCGCCCUCAUCCGCAUUCACUCCGCUGUACAUCCCACUCACCAACCUCCCUGCCUCUUCUCUACGUCUGCGGCCCGAGUUCUCCGCGCUCCUUCCCCACGCCAACCUCACCCCCUCGCAGCUCAUCACGCUCGACGACCUCCCGCCCUUAUCCAAAAUCUCCGAGGCUCUGCCGCCGGAAAACACACGCUGGAUUCUCGUCGACCACAACGCCCUCCAGGGCCAGCUGGGGGCUAUCUAUUCCCGCCAAGUCGCAGGGGUGAUUGACCACCACGCCGAAGAAAACGCUGUUCCGCAGGAGACAGGGGGCGAGCCACGCAUCGUGACAAAAGCAGGCAGCUGCACGAGUUUGGUCACAGAGUACUGCGCCGAUGCAUGGGAAAGUCUGGCGUCCCUUGCGCCUGACGCGCUUGUAUCGUCGUCCUUGGGCGUGGCGGGCUCUGGGCCAGUGCCAGGUCCAGGCGCAGCAGGCGUAAAUAGUACCGUCGCGCAGGGCGAUACAGCGAGCAUCCCUCCCGCAGAGGACGUGAGUCGGACGCGCAUCUGGGACGCAGAGGUGGCGCGGCUCGCGCUCGCGGCGGUCUUGAUCGAUACGUAUAACCUCACCGACGAGUUCAAGGUCACGCAGCAUGAUACGGCGGCGGCGACGUAUUUGGAGGCGAAGAUUCAACUUGCGCCGUUGUUGCCUGUCUCUGCUGCGGCUAUUUCUGCUGGUGCGUCUUCAUUUAUCGGUGAAAGUGCCGAUGGAGCUGCAGCUGCAGCUGGUGGUGCUGUGUUUGACAGAACAGCCUUCUUCAACGAAAUCAACACUGCAAAACAAAGCAUCGACAGCUUGAGCCUCGCUGAGAUUUUCGAAAAGGAUUACAAGCAGUGGGCCGUUAAGUCCACCCACGAGACCACAGGCCAACAACAACGAGAAAUAAGACUAGGCAUAAGCUCCGUAGUCAAGCCUAUUCCGUAUCUCCUCGAAAAGGCACAGUCCGAGUCCAACCGUGAAACGGACGACAAGGCAUCUCAGUCUGCAGGCGUGGAGCACUUUUUAGAUUCCAUUCGCGCAUUCGCGUCCGAUCCAGCGCGCAACUUGUCCGUAUAUGCCAUCAUGACGGCCUAUUCGUCCCCGACCACGGGCGAGUUUGAGCGAGAACUGUUCGUGUGGGCGCUCGACCCGCCUACUGUGCCCGCGGUGGAAAAGUUUGUGCACACUGCGUCUGGUCAGCUGAGGUUAGAGGACUGGAGGAAUACUACCGAGACAGGAGGACAGGAGACAACGAGUUUGGAAGAGGUACCCUCGGAGGAAUCAGAGGGUACGCAGAAGCAGACGUUGAGAAAGGUGUGGUUCCAGCGGGACUUGAGCAAGAGCCGGAAACAAGUUGCGCCGUUGUUGCGAGAUGCGUUGGUUUGAAGCGUAUCUUAUUUGGUAUUCGUCUUCAUCUCUCACUAUAUAUUUCAUCUUUUAUAUUUCGUAUUUCGUAUUUAAAUUCCAUUUAGUUCUAUUUUAUCCCUCUUCUUAUGAGUAUAAUAUAUUUGAUUACCCUAGCAGUUAUAUCUCAUCUGAAAUAAACGAAAAAAAGAAAAGGAACGCC